CUCGAAGUUCCGUUGGCGAAGUAUUUGUACCAAAAACAUUUUCGCUUAGUUCGCAGGAGCCAUCAUGUGAACAACUUCGUGCCAUGUGGAUAUUUUCAAAGAGACAAUCUCGGGCAGCAGAAAUAACAAAUGAAAUACCCACAUAUCGCGACCCGUUUACAUAUAAUAUUUGGGAUCCGAUAUACUCCAAUUCUAGACGCUUUGGAUCACUUCGAACGGGAUCAAGGGAUCGAGCCCGCUCACCUGUUUUCGGCCGAGUCGUUAGUCGAGAACCCACAAUUCCUCAGCAUAUCGGAGGAGGACUUGAGCAACGUCAGCGUCUUAUUGUUGAUGGUAGUCUUUUUAAUCCUGGGCAGACUCGAUUAUAUAGUUCAGAAGCACGUCCAAUCACUAGUGCCUCAGGCGUAUCCCAAACAUCGUCUGCACUUUCGUCGUCUUCAUCGUCAACCCGUCGAGCAAGUAAAAAACCGAUAUAUGGGUGUACCGUAUAACUCAGGCGAUAAUUUAAGUGGCAGCCAAAAUUCAGCAGCAGUUCAGGGUAGCUUUCAAAAGCUCAAAGAACUCAUCUGGACAGAGAGGGCCAAAGAAUUAACGCAGCAACGGCGUGCCGAGGAACUGGCGGCGCGAGCAGCUGUACUGAAGGAAAUUGCAAAUGGCCAAAACAUGCAAGGAUCGUACAAAACAUCUUUUAAUAACUUAGCUGACUCAUUGCUGAUGGAUGAAAACCGCAGUCCAGAUAAUAGUGGCAAUCAAUAUAUACAUGCCAAUCGCCUGUCGAUUUCAAGCGGCCAAUCUUUCGAUGUCAAAAAUGCCAAUAAUAAAAAUUCUGGGCAUCGAAACAGCGCUGGUGGGAGAGCUUCAACACGACGAAUUGGAAGUAAUUUUGGAGUUGCAACUCAUGCUACUGGACCAACACAUAAAGAAGUCAGUUUUCUAAGAAAGUCUAGUCCGGCAAAUACUAUCGCUCGCACUUCGAUUCCAGUAACAGACGUGGAUUUGAGUGAAUUAUUAUCAAAUCAUGCUGUAAUGGGCAUACCAAUGACAUAUCCAAUUCGACAAUCCCAUUUCAGGGAAAGAAAUCGUUCUCUUUUUAAACAGAAUACUAACGGUGACGACUAUUUUCAUCGAGAGAAUAGAAAAUUGGGAUCGAAUAGGGAGUUUGAAUUUCUUAAAGCAUAUUUAAAUGAGAAUCAGCUAAGACCAUUAAAAUCAAUUGAAUAUAACAUUAUGAAGCCUAAUGUUCAAUUAUAUUCCGCCGUCGAAAACGAUCAAGCAAUUGAUCGUCCCCAUAUAAAAAAUAAUUAUAUUGAUUCUUACUAUUAUAAUUAAAAAGAUCUCUGCUCAUAAAUAAUUAUCUCCUAUAUCUUUUUUUUUAUUUUUAGCAAUGCUAGUUAAAAUUUGUAUAUAAUCGAAUAUAUGUAAAUAUUUCAAAUAAGUUUAUUUUAAUGAUUAAACACUGCUAACAGGUAAAACGGUUAUAUAUUUAGAUGCCAUUAAGAUUUUUUUUGUUUUUGCAACAUUGCACUUAGACGUAUUAUUUUGUUAAGUAUUAACUUACAUUUCUUUAUAAUUUAUAUAUUAAAAUACUAGACAUUUUGCUUAAACGUUAACAAAGGCUUCCAAUAUAAAACAAUCAUCCAUAAUAAAAAAAAUUCAAGCGUGUAGUGUGUGGUGUAAAAUGAUCCGUAAAUAGAUAGUUUUUCGAUUAAGUAGAGAUUGAGUGGUUGAUUUGUAAUGUAGCUAAGAUUCAGAAUUCAUUGAUGAAAAAACUACCAGUAUGUAGAAUAAAAUUAUUAUUAAUUAAAAUUGACUGCAUACUUUGCAUAAAUAGUACAGACACUGGUCACGCUUAUACUACACAUUUAUUUCCAUAUGGGUAUGUAAGCAUAAAGCAUAAGCUGACUGUGCCUGAACUUAAUCAUAUUAACGAAAUAGCAUACACAAUCAAGAACAACAAAAAAAUGACAAAUAUAAUUGCAAACAAUCCAACAAAACAACUCUUAUAACUAUUUAACAUCUUUUAUAAAUAUUACAUUUUCUUUAUCAUAUAUGUAUAGUGGUUACUUAACCUGAAAACAUAUUAUACUUGUUUUCGUUGAACAUACCAUAUCCAUGUUUCCUAUGUAUGUAUGUACGGGUUUUAUUUUUGUUUUAUUCAUUAUUUUAAAAUAUUUAUUCAAUAUUAUUAAUAAACGUACAUAUGAAAUAAAUGUCAAUUUAACAUAUCGAACUUAAACUAUUUCAAUACAACAAAAACAAGAAAAGGAGAUACUGUAUAUUGCGGCUAAAAUUGCGAACUUAUCUACUACGUAACAAUUAUUGGAAUAAUAUUACUGAAAAGAUAUUUGUGGUAAUGUGUAAUAUUAUAAAACAAUAAUCAAUGAUGGGUAUUAUCAAGUGCUAGUAAUCUUUAUUUAUUUAUUAUACUCAAUUGUGUAAAAUAUUUGCUUCUAGUAGACAAUGAAAAACACACAAAAAAUGUAUACAAAACGUAUCAAUAAACACCUGACAAUAAAUCUUUAAAUGUGAGUUCCGUGACAAUAAAAUAUAUUCUGAACAUACACAAAUUAUUGAUAUAUUCUUAUCAUAGCAUACAAGUAUAAAUACAUAUUUAUCAACACAUAUUGUAUGCCUAAUAUAUAUAUGAAAUUCUCUACGCAUGGUUGAUGAUUUCGAGCAUAUGGAAAAUACACAAGGAUGACAUUGUUAACUAUUAUAAAUAUUAAGAAAUGCAUAUACAUGUAUAAUCCUAGGAAUAUAUUGUGAAUUUUAUUACAUAAUAAUUAAACAUUGUAAACAAAAAAAGUAAUCUUAUAAAUAAAAGUAUA